AUGUCUAAACCCAUUGGGCGGAGCAGUUCCGUCCGGAACCCACCUACUCAAAGAGACCUUUCCGCGCCGGCUAUCCUCGCAGGCGAUGCUGAACCGUACGACACCGCACUGCCACCGAUGAGCUCCAAAGAGCUGGUCGUAACCACACGCCGACAUCAAGUUGGACAUCCACGGUUACCGUAUCCGCAGAAUCUAACCUCGAUUCAAGGAGGGAUGGGUAAUCACCGCCGGACGGGAAGUACGCUGAAGACCGUGAUGAAGAAGAUCUUUACACGAAACCGGCGAAGCCGGACAGACGAGCUGGACGAUCCCAUAGCGGACUUCAACUUUAAUGACAAUACAUUUCCGACAAGUCAUCGACAUAAGUCUCCAGAUACUUCAAACUCAGGGAGCCCUCGCCAAGGCGCUUUAGUUCAACAACCCACUGAAACCUUAACGACGCUGGAUGUCGUAUUGAAACAGCUAGACACCGAACCCAGGCAAAGGCGAGCCACUUUGCCCAGCUUAAUAUUCUCUGAUGAUGAAUCUCGACAGGCCCUUGAGGCGGUUGUGCACCCUGAGAGGAAAUCUAGCAACCUAAAGCUCAGUCCUCAUGCGUGUAGCGACCCGGAGGAGAUACGACGACGCCGGAUGCGGAACGCAAACCGGCGCUCGCGAAGUGCGGGUGCUCUUCGCGUCCUGGCACAGGAGCACCACCGCAUGUCUCCGAUACAGUGGAAGAGACGGCGGAGCGUAGAGUCUGAAUUUCUCGCGUCAACCACGUGCGGCAUUGGGCCUGAUAGUGAUUCUUCUCGUCCGCCUACUCGGUCCACCGUAGCAACUGCUUCUACAUUCAAACCUUCCGCAGAUACGUCGGCUUUCGGAGAGGAAUCAGAAACUGAGCCCAUUCCACCUCCGAGCUUACCUCCCAAUGUGGGAGAGCUCAUCAGCUCCAUGCAAACCGACGACAACGCUUCACUAGAGCAACGGAUGACCACACUGGAAGUAAAACUGAUCGACCUAGAGUUUGCAAUUGCUCGGAUGCAAAGUGGCCGUAUAGACACGCCAGCAGCUGAUGCGCCGAAGCGAAGAGGCUCGGAACCUUCUCGUCAUAAACGUCAGAAGUCAUCGGCAAAGUCCUCCGCAAAGUCACCCGGUCAUUCUCCACCGUCAACUCGCGAUGACUCUUCAACAACAGCAGAGCACAUUCCAUCCACCGACCGUCCUUUAAGCACGAGCACCAUCCGCCCAAGCCCGAGUGACAUUCAACGUGCCCGCGCCCUGCAAGCACCUUCAAUGGUUUCUUUGAACAGUGACUCCGGCGCCAUAUCUGUCCAGCAAUACAGUGCGUUAGUCAUGCUCCUCCGCCGCGAACAAACAGCCCGUCGGAACCUUGAGCAACAAGUCUCGAGCCUUCGAGAAGAUAUCGAACGACUCACCCAGAUGGCCCGCGACUCUAUCGGCGUCGGAACAAUGUACCCAAUCCGCAGUUUCGAGUCUGAAGAGUACAUGCGCAUACGUCCAGAUGACUCCCCUAGUAGCUCGCCUCGACAAACGCCAGACAAGCUCUCCUCUCAGUCUCGUUACAAAAGCGACCCCGAGUCUAGUUACUCGCGAGAUCACACUGAAGCGAAACCCAGAGACGACCGGUUUCGUCCCUGGCAAGCGACUCGUCGGGUUGAAGUCGCUAAUAUGAUUUGA